UGUCGCAGUGAGACGACGCAAUCGUGAAAGUGAUUUUCUUAUCUUCUGCAGAAAACUUAAAUACUAAAUAUGUGCGUUAAUGUUUACUUACUUGCAUAAAAAUAUUUUAAUUGAAGUAAAUUAAAAUAAUCACAAACCAGAAAAUGAGUCCCACCUCAACUCUGCAGUCAGCUAAAACGCAGAAUGGGCUCUUCUCGCGCGCAGAGGUCGAAGAAAUUCUCAGCAAUAUGUUGGGUUCGAAUGCGGCCGGUCGACUGCUGACCUACGAAGUGGUGCCUGAGUGCGGCCCAACCGGUUACUUGGGUGAAUAUUUUCACUUGCAACUGCAAUAUCGCAUCGAUGAGGGCACUGAUGUUCAAACAAAACGUGUGUUUGUCAAAUCGUUGCCUUAUCAUAAUCCAAAGAUGACAGCGUUUAUUGAAGAAUGCGGCAUGCUCACCAAAGAGGCAGCGAUCUAUGAGCGCCUUUUGAACGAGUUAAGAAAACUGACCACUAAUAUCUGGUGUGCUCAAUGCUACUUUACCCGUCGCGAUUUGUUUGCAUAA